UUUAAUCCAUUUAAUAUUUAUGAUUAUUUUAUUUUAUGUAAUUUCAUUUAUUCGCUCGUUAAAUUCAUUUACUCGUUAAAUUUGAACUCACCACACUCAACUCCACCGUUAAACUCACAGCUUAGCGAUUUCGGUGGGUUCGCUUUAUGUGCGCAAACAUUUCAAACAGGAUUCAAAGGCCAUUGCUCUUGAAAUGGUUGAUAAUAUACGCGGAAUUUUCAACAAUCUACUUGAGCAAGUUGACUGGAUGGAUAAUAUGACUAAGAAAGAAGCUAAAAAGAAGUUGCACUCAAUGGCUACACAUAUUGGUUAUCCGGAUGAAAUGUUAGAUGAAGAAAAACUUUCUAAAUAUUAUGAAAAAUUAGAUAUUGAUCCAAAUAAGUAUUUUGAAUCAUUCCUUAAAAUGAAUGUAUUCGGUACUGAUUAUUCCUUCAAUAAACUGCGUUUGCCAGUUAAUAAAACUGAUUGGGUACGUCAUGCUAGACCUGCUAUUGUGAACGCAUUUUAUUCCUCAAUUGAAAACAGCAUACAAUUCCCUGCCGGUAUCUUGCAAGGUCACUUCUUCAAUGCACACAGACCUAAAUACAUGAAUUAUGGUGCCAUUGGUUAUGUUAUUGGACACGAAAUUACACAUGGUUUUGAUGAUCAAGGACGUCAAUUCGAUGUUGAUGGCAAUUUGGUCGACUGGUGGCAACCUGAUACACAAAAAGCUUAUUUAGACAAAGCUAGAUGUAUUAUCGAACAAUAUGGCAACUAUACUGAACAUAUAACAGGCUUAAAUCUGAAUGGCAUUAAUACACAAGGUGAAAACAUUGCAGAUAAUGGAGGUGUUAAGGAAUCGUACAUUGCUUAUAGACAAUGGGCAGAGAAGAAUGGUCCGGAACCAUUAUUACCAGGAUUAGAUUACACACCAGAACAAAUGUUUUGGAUAUCAGCUGGUCAAACCUGGUGCGCGAAAUACCGUAAAGAAACGUUAAAAAUGCGUAUUACAACUGGCGUUCAUUCCCCAUCGGAGUUCAGAGUUUUAGGUUCGCUAAGCAACAUGAAAGAUUUUGCAAAAGAUUUUCAAUGUCCAGAAGGAUCACCUAUGAAUCCAGUGCACAAAUGUGAAGUUUGGUAAAAUAACAUUGACAAACAACAUAAUAUAUGCAGAGUAAAAACUAAAAAACUAUUUUGCUUUAUUAUGCUGACCUCUUUUCUUAAUUGUUUUAGUUUUAAUUUUAAGUUUUAGUUAAAAUUAUAAAAAAACCAAUUUGUAAAUUAUAUGACAUUUAAGAACACAAUUUUUUUCGUUUUCCUAAAAUUUAAUUAAGCGUAUUUCUAUCAUAAAUACGCACAAAUUUUCAUGUAUUCGUAGUCAAAAAAAGUGAUGUGAAUUUUUAAACAAAAUAAACAAAAAUUAUAAAAUAUUUGUUAUUUGAACAAAAUAAAUAAACUCAUAAUAAAUGUUUUAAAAGAAAA